CGUCAACGCCGUUCACGGCUCAUUUCUCUUCUCUUCUACUCUCUUCAACAUGCGACCACUACUAGAGAUCCUCAUUCUAUCGAUGAAGAUGCUCUCGGACAGAACCUGAAUGCGACGUUGGAGGGCAAGCAUGAUCCUGAGAUCGAGGUGCUCGCUUUCAGCAACAAAGAUAUCGUCAAACUCGGACGGCUCGCACAUGGCACGUACGGUGCGGUUGACAUGGUCCGAUGCAAGCUUGAUAACCAGACAUAUGCCCGCAAGACUCUCUCAAAGAGCUUCGUGCGUCGUGCCAGAGACCAAUGUUUUCCCACCACUGAGCGCGUCAUCCACGCCUGCGCCAGUACCUCACGCACGCCCUGGGCGCCACACUUGAUCGCUGCCUAUCAAACAUCUCUCGAACUAUCCCUCCUGACGGAUUAUGUGGAUGGCGGCACGAUGGGGGAUCUUCUUGAGUUUGCACAACAUGGGAUCCGUGACUUCGAGCUGCGGUGGUGGAUUCCCCAGGCUGUGGCAGCGGUAUGUUGGCUGCAUGAGCAGGGUUUCGUUCAUCGUGAUAUCAAGCCCGCCAACUUCCUGAUAACAACAACGUCGCAUCUGAAGCUCACCGAUUUCGGCAGUGCCGCACGCCUCCUCCCGGUAUCGAAGGAUGGCAUCCAGCGAGUGCCAAAGGAGGUAUGCAACCAGUUGUGCGGCACAGUCGAUUAUAUAUCUCCCGAUAUGUUGGAAUACGAUGAGCAAAAGAACGAGGCGGACGAGGUGCAAGAAGAUCUCGUUUGUGAGGGAUAUGGAAGGGAGACGGAUUGGUGGAGCUUGGGAGUGAUGGUGUAUGAGAUGGCGUAUGGGGUGCUGCCUUUCUUCGCAGAGAGGAUGGAGGAUACCCUGAAGAGAAUUGUGAACCACCAGCGCACUUUCCAAUUUCCUAGUGACUUGCCGAUCUCAAGCCUGCUAAAAUCACUCAUUCAGCGGCUUCUCACCGACGCCGGUUCGCGUCUGGGAAGAAAGAGUCUAUAUGAAGUUCAGAAGGACGAAUACUUCCGAGGAAUGCCAUGGUCGAACCUCCAUAAAUUGUCUCGCCCCGAUGGUCUGCUUGUACCUCAGUUCACAGAUUCAACGGACGUGAACAACCCAUCUCCUGAGCAAGAGCAAGGGAGCGAGCCCGCAUCCUCCUUCCCCUCCGGGUCGUUUACUACCAUCCAAGCUGAAUCCACCCUCCGGUCCAAAGCGGAACAGAUUGAUACCAAGAUUGUCUCGCCGACUGACGGCUUCACAUGGGGUCCGCUUGUGGAUGCGUUUGAUCAAGCUCUCGGUCCGUCCGCCGUAUCUUUCAUUCAUCCCACGCCCCGAGUUCUUCGAAGACCGACUGUCCCACCGUCUGCUUCACGAUUGAGGAGGGAUGUAAGCUAUAGCACACCUCUUCGUUCGGGAAGACAGAUCCUGGGCACCAGCACUGUUCGGCGAACGAGAGCGAUGUCCGAACGGCAGGCCCUCCAACAGCUGAUGUCGGCUGUACGAGAAAGUGCCCACAAGAAAGUGCUGCAGAGCGGGAAGAAGACACACAUUCGCUUCACAAGAAGGGAGAGGGCGAUCGUGCCGAUGGGCAAAUCCGCAGGCGUUGACUUGGAAGACGAUGCGGACCUUACUUUCCGGACCGCUGAUGGACCUCCCAGCCCCAGCCCGCGACCCGGCAGUUCUAUGGCACGAACUCGACCCCCAUCCCGCGCAACGCCGACCGAAGAAUGGCCAAGUCUUGUCCAUGAGAAAGAGAUGCCUAACAAGUGGGAGGAUAUGCACAGGCGGAUGCGAACGCUAGCAAAGGGCGUUGAGGAUGCGGAGAAGAGGUUGAAUGAACUCAAGGUCCUUGUUUGAUGAUAUUCCCACUCACGCUGCCCUGUGUCACUAGGGUAUUAUUUGUCAUCAGUGACAGAGUGCAGCCACUCACAAGCUCAAGCUCUAUGAGUUACCUUGAUCGUUAUCAGGCACUUGUUCCCUGAGGUUUGCGUUUAUACAGC